AUGAUUUAUUUAGCUCUAUUAAUUGUUGCGCUUGUAGUUUUGUACUGUUACGGAACGAGAACUUUUAAAUAUUGGGAAAAGCGAGGAGUCAAGCAUGAUAAACCGAUACCAUUUAUUGGCAACAGCUUAAGUUUUUAUUUAGCGCAAAAGAGUAUUACGCAGGUGGCUGCUGAUCUAUACUGGAAAUACCCUAAUGAGAAAGUCGUUGGUUUCUUUGAUUCCUUUAAACCAGAAUUGAUAAUAAGAGAACCAGGAAUAGUGAAACGCACCCUUGUAACCGAUUUUGCAUAUUUCUACCCAAGAGGCUUAAAUACUCAUAAAACUGUCAUCGAGCCUUUGUUGAGGAAUUUAUUCUUCGCUGAUGGGGACCUUUGGAGGUUGUUAAGACAGCGUAUGACUCCAGCGUUUACAUCAGGAAAGUUGAAAGCAAUGUUUCCUCUCAUUGUGGAACGUGCCGAAAGGUUACAAAAUAAAGCGAUUAAUGCUACAAAAACCGGUCGAGUCCUGGAUGCCCGUGAGAUAAUGGCCCGUUAUACUACAGAUUUUAUUGGGGCUUGCGGUUUUGGCCUUGAUGCAGAUUCUCUUAGUGACGAGAAUUCAGCUUUUAGAAAACUAGGUGCCAAAAUUUUCACAUUUGGUUUCAGUGAAAUUUGUAUACAAAUACUCAAAGAGAUGUUUCCUGAAGCAUGCAAACAUUUGAAAGUAUUAGGGAAAAUAGAAAAAGAUAUGAUCAAUCUGGUUAAAAGUAUUAUGCAAGAAAGAAAUUAUGAGCCAUGCGGUAGAAACGAUUUCAUAGAUUUACUCCUUGAGUGUAAGAAAAAAGGAAAGAUGAUUGGGGAAUCUAUAGAGAAAACAAAAGCUGAUGGUACUCCUGAAAAAGUUUCUUUAGAGUUGGACGAUUUGCUUAUAACUGCUCAGGUAUUUGUAUUUUUUGCCGCGGGUUUCGAAACUUCAUCUUCAGCAACUAGUUUUACUCUGCACCAGCUCGCAUUUCAUCCAGAAAUCCAAAAAAAAGUACAAGAAGAAAUCGACAACGUUCUAUCAAAGUACGACGGCAAGCUUUGCUACGACGCGAUAAAGGAAAUGAAAUACUUGGAUUGUGCCUUUAGAGAAGGUAUGAGAAUGUUCCCGUCCUUAGGAUUUUUGAUUAGAGAAAGUGCACAGAAAUAUACAUUUCCAGAAAUUAAUCUGCCUAUUGAUGAGGGGGUAAUUGUGAUUAUUCCAUUGCAAGCGAUGCAUAAUGAUCCACAGUAUUUUGAAAAUCCAAACCAGUUCAGUCCAGAGCGCUUCUUGCCUGAAAACGUUAAUUCUAAAAUCAAACACGUAUAUUUGCCAUUCGGUGAUGGACCUCGAGCUUGUAUUGGUGAACGACUAGGUCUUAUGCAAUCACUAGCAGGCCUUGCAGCUAUACUAUCUCGUUAUUCAGUUGAGCCUGCUCUAGAUACCCUUAGAUAUCCUGUUGUGAACCCUACUUCAAAUAUUGUACAAAGUAUAAAGGACGGACUUCCUCUAUUGUUUAGAGAGAGAACUGAUUAA